GAAGAGGAAAAGAAAAGAAGUUCUGAAACAAUGAAUCAAGAAUCGUCCCAGUUGUCAUGUAUUAACCUUUCCUCUGUCAAAAAUAAUCAAAUAUAAGACAACCCAAUUCAACCCAAAAGCCAUUUUUCCGUUUCUCAUUCUAAUUUUCUGGGAUAAAUAAGGAGAUGAAGAAGCAGAACAUUGCUAUGGAAACUGAAGAGUUUUUGGAGAAGACAGUGAAAAUCAUAACAAAGAUGGGUUCUUUAUUUCAGUAUCAAAGAGCAAAUUUUGCAUUACUAGAAGUGAAAAUGGUUGAGGGUUUACAGAGGAAUUAUAAAUUUCAACUCAAACAAUUCUUGGCAGCUUUUUUCUGGGUGCAAAAAUGGAAGGAAAGGGGAAACAGGAUAGCACUGCCAAUGUGACGAAUGUGAACAAGAAUUGUGUGGACGUUGGAGUCAUCCCUAAACAGGAAGUGCUGGUUGAUGAUCAGCUCUCUGGUGCGGAUGAAGAGCUGAUAAUUCUUUAUCUUGACAAGAAAAUGAUGGACCAGCCCUUUCCCAAUGACACUAUUCAUGAAGUCGACGUCUUCUUGUACCAUCCUCAGCAGCUUUCUCAGAUGCACCAUCCAUCUCACGCGAAAAAAUGGUACUUUCUGAGCCCAGCAAGCAAAAAAUAUACAGAGGGAGGUCAAUCUAGCAGUGUUAGCGUGUACGAUGAUGGAUAUUGGGAACCUUGUGGAACCGAUUCUCUCAUCCACAAGGAUGGUAAACUGAUUGGAUACCGAAAGACACUAAACUACAUUGAGGGGAAGCAUGAUAAGGAUAGGAAGAGGACUGAAUGGCUAAUGCAUGAAUACAGACUGGAAGGAAGCAGAGAUGUACCAACUUCUGAUGAUAUGCAGCGUGUAUUUUGUAAGUUAUUCAAGUCGAAUAACAAGCUCAUGGAAGCAGAGGAGAAGGAAGCGACCAAAUUUGCUGCUCCAAAUGAUGGGGUAUCUAGCGCGGACCCCACCAUUCAAGGCCCAGAGAAAGCAAAUGUCAUAACUAAUGAUAAGGGGCCGAGUAAUGGUCAUAGCCGUGAUUUACUUCCUAUGCCUGAUACUGAUCAGGGAACCACGAUGCCUACCUCUACGCCUCAACAUGUUCAGGGAACUACGCUUACUCGUACAGGUCGACAGAAAGCAACAAACAAUGUGGUUAGAAAUAAGCGUCCUAGACGUAAGCGUGAUUCACAUCCACCGCCUGCAUCUCAUCAAGGCCUUAUGAUGCCACACCUACCGAAUGCAAACUCUCAGCCUCAGCGUGAUCAGGGAAUUAGGCUUCCACCUCCUUUGCCUCAAAAUGAUGAGAGAAAGGCGUUUCCUAUUCCUACAGGGCCAUGUAAAGCUAACAAUGGUGUGGUGGUGAGUGACAACGGCCCAAGUAACAGCCUUGUGGUACCUUGCGGUCCCGAAUAUAUUCUUGAUGAGCCCAGCUUUGAUUGGACCGUGGCCAGCUCUUGGCUUCAAGAUGAUAUUAUGCUUCCUUCUCGUCCUCAACAUGGUCAGGAAACUAUCCUUCCUUCUCUUACAGGGAACAACGCAAAUGCUGAUGAGGUUAGUGUUUUGGGAUUAACACUCAACCAUUUCCAUGAUGCGCAGGAUCUUCCUUUUUCUGCUGAACUCCCUAAACUUCCAUCGGUUCAAGCCUCACCCCGCGGUAGUCAUGAAAAUGAAGCAGCUGUAGCACCGAGAUAUGAUGGGUGGCCGUUAUAUACUGCAGAAACUAGACUGCCACCAUUUGAUGGACCGUUUGAGUCGUUGACCGAAGAAGAAUUGGCCUUCUUUGAUAAUCCUGAUCCUGGAUAUCCAGAGGCAUUUGAGAACAAGAAAGAGGCCAAGAAAUGAUUGAAAAGGAAGAAACAUGAUAUGGCACAUUUUACUAUUUCUAGUGGUUUUAGUUAUUUUAUACAAACUUUUAGUUCAUGAUUAAAGAAGGUAUGAAGGCAGUAGAUUAAGGUUUCAGGGCCAAAUAAUUGAAGAAGGCCUUCAUACCCAAUUAUUUCAUUUUUUUUAGCAAUUACUAUCUUUAUCAAACAAUCUAUUAUUUCAAUUUUUUUU